AUGACGGACCCGAACGGGGCCACCCCCACUUCGGACUGGAUGCCGGACUGGAUACCUCGCGGUUCCACGGAAAUGGGGCCGGUGGUAUCACCUCUGUCCCCGAGCGCAAUUCCCGAGAGUCCCUCCAACGUUCUUAUCCAUCAAAAAGCUAGUGACUAUGGGCCAUCCGAAAUUUCCGAUGGGAACCAGGGCUUCACCGAGCGACCCCCGAUCGAGGUUCUGGUGAAGCCAGAGCCGGACCGUACUGUCAAGAGAAAGUUGAAGGGAUUACAUCUGUUCAUGAUUACCAUUAAUGGAACAUUGGGAACAGGCCUCUACUGGAGAAGCGGUCAGAUUCUCGAAAUUGGCGGCCCUCUCGCUGUCCUGUUCUCUUUCGUCCUCGUUGGUCUCCUAGCUUGGGCUGUCAUGCAGUGCGUCACGGAGCUUUUAUGCAUCUGGCCUGUACCAGGUGCGCUGUCUGUCUACGUUGGCACCUUUGUGGACCACGAGCUUGGGAUCGCUGUCGGCGUUGCAUAUUGGUAA